CGCGAGGCCGGCCGGCUGCGCCCGGGUCGCCGCGCUGCGACCCGCACACCCCACGCCGUGCUCGCCGGCUCCCACGCCCCCGCGCCGCGCGCCCGAUCCGUGCGCUCCGAAGACCCCCCCCCCCUUCCCCCGGGCGGCCGCCGCCGGCGAUGCUGCAAGAAACUUCUUAAAUGACCGCGUCCCGCUGCCCCGCCGAGCGUUUCUGGGUUGGGGAGAGGAAAGGAAAGUGGAAAAAAACUGAGAACUUCCUGAUCCCUCUCGCUGUGAGACAUGUCUGAGACUCCUGCUCAGUGUAGCAUUAAGCAGGAACGAAUUUCAUAUACACCUCCGGAGAGCCCAGUGGCGAGCUACGGUCCCUCGACUCCACUUCAUGUUCCAGUGCCUCGCACGCUCAGGAUGGAGGAAGACUCGAUCCACCUGCCAGCGCACCUGCGCUUGCAGCCAAUUUACUGGAGCAGAGAUGACGUAGCCCAGUGGCUCAAGUGGGCAGAGAACGAGUUUUCCUUAAGGCCCAUUGAGAGCAACACAUUUGAGAUGAACGGCAAGGCACUCCUACUACUGACCAAAGAGGAUUUCCGUUACCGAUCUCCUCAUUCAGGCGAUGUGCUCUAUGAACUCCUUCAGCAUAUUCUGAAGCAGAGGAAACCUCGAAUUCUCUUCUCGCCUUUCUUCCACCCUGGGAACUCUAUCCACACGAAGCCGGAGGUCCUACUGCAUCAGAACCAUGAAGAAGAUAACUGUGUCCAGAGGACGCCCAGGCCACCUGCAGAGAGUGUGCACCACAACCCUCCCACCAUUGAACUUUUACAUCGCCCUAGGUCACCCAUCACCACAAACCAUAGGCCUUCUCCUGACCCCGAGCAGCGGCCCCUGCGGUCCCCUCUGGACAACAUGCUCCGCCGCCUCUCUCCAGCUGAGAGGGCCCAGGGGCCAAGGCUCCAGCAGGAAAACAACCACCAGGAGUCCUACCCCCUGUCAGUGUCUCCUAUGGAGAAUGAUCACUGCCCACCAUCCUCGGAGUCCAACCCAAAGCCCUCCAGCCCCUGGCAGGAGAGCACUCGAGUAAUCCAGCUGAUGCCCAGCCCCAUCAUGCACCCUUUGAUCCUGAACCCCCGUCACUCGGUAGAUUUCAAACAGUCCCGGCUCUCCGAAGAUGGGAUGCAUAGGGAAGGGAAACCCAUCAACCUGUCUCACCGGGAGGACCUGGCUUACAUGAACCACAUCAUGGUCUCCGUGUCCCCACCCGAAGAGCACGCCAUGCCCAUUGGGAGAAUAGCAGACUGUAGGCUGCUUUGGGAUUACGUCUAUCAGUUGCUCUCUGACAGCCGGUACGAAAACUUCAUCCGAUGGGAAGACAAGGAAUCCAAAAUAUUCCGGAUAGUGGAUCCCAACGGACUGGCUCGCUUGUGGGGAAACCAUAAGAACAGAACAAACAUGACCUAUGAGAAAAUGUCCAGAGCGCUGCGCCAUUACUACAAACUAAACAUUAUCAGGAAGGAGCCCGGACAAAGGCUUUUGUUCAGGUUCAUGAAAACCCCAGAUGAAAUCAUGAGUGGCCGGACAGACCGUCUAGAGCACCUCGAGUCUCAGGAGCUGGAUGAACAAGUGUACCAAGAGGACGAAUGUUAGAGGACCCACCACAGCCUCACCGGCUGGCCAAGAGGAAACCUGCCCACAGGGGCCGCUGGAGAUGCAAUGGAGCAGGCGAGCUGGGGAUGGCUAAGAAGGAAGAGGCCCAGGAAUGGCAGGAACACUUCUCUCAAAGACCGAGAGGGACCCAGAGCACCUUAGACAAACCACCCAGCAAUGGCGGGGCUGGAAUUCUGGCGGAGGGCACAGGCCUGAGACUCGCAUGUCACAUUUCUUCUCCUUUGGACCUCUUGUCUGUAAUGCCUCACCCUGCACCUGUUGUUAGUCUCAUGGUGUUUCUGGUUUGGUUUUUUGUUUUUUGUUUUUUUUUUUUUGGUUUUUUUUUUUUUGGUUUUUUUUUUUUUUUUGGUUUGGUUUGUUUUUUGUUCUUAAGAACAUGCAGUUUGACUAUUCAUCGUUCAUACAGGGGAAGAUAUCACAUGUUGUUUUCCCAUGGAAAUAUAUCUAUUAUAUUUUUUUGGUUUUUUGGGGGGGUUGUUUGUUUUUUUGUUUUUGUUUUUUUUUUUUUUUUGUUUUUUUUUUUUUUUUUUUUUUUUUUUUUUUUUUUUGCAAAUCUCCUGAAGUAUGGCCAGCUCAGCUGGUCAGGAAAGAGACUUGCAGAAGGGAUCAGGCCCCUCUUUUUCCUGCCACACGGACCAGGUUUGUCCUGUUCUUGGAUGAGACGAAAAAGAUACUUUCAAAACAUUAAAGAGUUCUGUCCGUCUCCCUCCUGCCCUCCUUCUCUCCCUCAUCCUAUCCCUCCUUCCGCCUUCUCUGCCGCUGUCCCGUGUCACAUGCCCUUUAACAGACCUGGCCUCACUAGCACCUAAACUAAACAUUGGCCCAGCUCUUCUGCGGCCAUCAGCACACAGCCAGACGCCUUGGGCAUCCAUCUGAGGGAUACCAAACACCUCACAAAUGCUGCUGUAUUCAAGAAACAUCAGUGGGAGGUCCGGUUAUAAGACAGGGCCGGCCAGAGGCUGGGCAAAUGAAGUGGAAGGGCCCCGGCAGCUUGGGAUUAUCCUGGAAAUGCUGCAAAGUGGGAAAAUACGAGACGCUCAUACAGGCCUAGUGCUCCAGGGACUAGGCAGAGCUACCCUGCAGUGGGGAGCAGGUUGCCGAGGCUUGUGAAAAAGCAAAGCUGUCCAUUUCAUUCCCGAGACAUCUUACCCUUGUGGGGUCGCUGGCAUCCCCACUCCAAGGCCCAACCUUCUGCAGUUUUUCCUUGCUGGUCCUCACUGGACACAGAACGCAUAUAAGGGAGGAUCCUGGAGUGCAGACUCGGGCACAGCCAGUCUUUGCACAAGCAGCACAGGCAGGAAAUUCCUCAGAUGCAUUCAUUUCUCCCCAUGUCAUUGCUGUAUUCCAAGAGGACAUAUUUGUGACAUUUUCCACCUCGGCAUAAGGUCCGUAGUAUCUUCCAAGAUGAGGGUAAUGCUAUGCCUUAGGACUUUUGAUAGCAGAGAUAUUUAGACAGCUGUUUUAGUGGGGGUGGGGUGGGUUUUGUUUUGUUGGUUUUUUUAAGACCUGGUUUCGGUGUGUAGUCCUGACUGUCCUUGAAGUUGCUUUAUAGACCAGGCUGGCUUUGAACUCAGAGACCUGUCUGCCUCUGCCUCCCAAAUUCUGGGAUUAAAGGUGUUCACCAUCAUGCUCUCCGUCCUCCUUUUUAGCCAUCUAAAGAGACUCUUUGAACUAUAGUGCUUUUAAUCCCUGCCUUUUAAAUCACCCCUUGUAUUUCCUUUGUCUCUUCCACACCAUCAAGUGAGCCCUCCUGGGUAUGUGUGUGCUCAACCAGAAGCAGUACACAGAGCAGAGCUGCCCUCCAGCUGUUCCUACAUAGGGUACAUGGAGGCUCGGAGUAGGCAGACAUUUCUCUCUGGGCCUUACUCACCAGACAUCUGCUCACAGAUGUGGUGACGGACUGUGGCUCACAGACACUGGAAUUGAGUAGACUGGGCUACUGUAGUCUCGCUGUGACUCCCGAGUGCCUCCCCCAUCAGCCUUCAAAGAGGUCAGUGACCUGGGUGAGAGGUUUGGGCUUAGUAUUUGUGGGUAGUGAUGAGAGAGGCACAUGCUGUGUUUCUUGAAGCAGGGUAUACUUUUUUCCCUUGGCCUCUAACAUGGCUGGUACCUAUCUCAAGUGGGGAGAUUAAGCCAAAUUCUUACGUUGUAUAAGCCGCUGGGUUGAGCUAGAGAGAAAGGGUGGAAGGUUUUGUUUUUCUUUUGACGGAGGUCCUGUGUAUGACUGAAAUGAGAGAGAAGAAACUUCAUUCUGGCCACUUUGCCCACGUGUGGAACCCAGUCUCUAUCUGUCCAAAGAGUCUUCCAGAUGAACUGUGGAAGGAAAUUCCUUUGUUCCCUGAGGAGCCCUGGAUUAAAAGCAUAUGGCAGGGUGUAAGGCUUGGCAUGACAGCUUCAGCCACUUACAUUGAAAUGCUCACGGCAGUCCCGUCUGUAUUUCCUGCCCGGUAUUUACACUAAUGAUCUUACUUCGGUUGUCUUAACUGCGAAAGUCUUCAUUCCUGGCUCGUGUUGUCACCAGGGUUCAGUGCUCUCAGGGUGAACGUCCAGCCUCUCGCACCUUGGCUAGAACACCGCUACAGGGGCUCUUUGGUUUUUGGCUUUUUAUUUGUUUGUUUGUUUGUGUUUUGGUUUGGUUUGGUUUUUUUCCCCAUCCACUGUGCUCUUCUAGCUCAACAGUAAGUCCGAGAGGGUGAUGGAAACCAAACGAAAAUUUCAUGUGUCAGAUGAGCAGGUGGCCUUUCUUUCUCGGUGGCUCUCAUGGGUUAGGUGAGGAAAGGAAUUUGCAGAACAUCGCUGUGUGAAAGGUGGGCAUUGUCACGUGUGUCCUGGGAUUCUCUGUCCUGUGUCCUUGGCCAGGCUGUCUUCAGGUCUCCAUCAGAAGAAAAGCAGUGGUAGCUGGUGAGAUGUUGGCAGUAACUCCUCAGGUCUUCUUGGUGACUAUUGAAGGUAGGGUCACUCAUUUCCUUAACCCUCCCCCUUUUUUUGAGAAGGGUCCUCAUAAGAAAAACCAAAACAGUCUGCAGGCUGGUGAGGGUUUCCCCUUUCCCUAGUGCUUUCAGAACCCUCUGAUUCAGCAUCUUUUCACACUAUUACCUUGUCCAGUAAGAAUGCCACUUCAGCUGACAUCUAGCUGGCUAGGAGAGGAUUGAGUGGCCACUAUGCCUCCUCACACUGUCCAGGAUCCAACCAUAAACACAUUUUGGCACAUCCACUGUUGUUGGCAGAAGCGAACCUGAGAGAGGUCAUAUCACUUACCCUGGGAGCAGACAGCGUGACUUGGACAGAAUUAGGAUCGGGCUCCAACCUAAGUGCUUAGAAUACAGUUAGUAAGUAUACAGGUUUAAACCCCACUGGACCCAUCCCCAGCAAAGAAACUAAAGAUGCAAAGGGUGGCUUUCACUGCCCAGUCAUUCGGUGCUAGCCGGAGCUCAGCCUGCUCCUCUUCUGAACAGAAACCUAAAUUGAGUGACGCAAGAAGGCCAGAGGGGCAGGAACUCAGAGGAACAGCCAGGAACCCUGCCCAUCACCAAGGCACAGGGAACUAACCCAGUACUAUUGGCCCCAUCCGCCUCAACACUAAACAACUGCAAACUCCCUGCCUCUCCCCCUCGCCUCGCAAGUGAACAUUCUUCCUGAAGAUAUCUCUUUGCAACCUCACCCACCUGCAAGCCAGAUGAAUCUAGAAUGAAUUUUUGUUGUUGUUUAGUUUCUAAUCUCUUGUUUAUGAGGUGUGGGGUUUAUAAGGGACUGAAUCAAAUGAAUGUAACAAAAAAAAAAAAAGAAAAAAAAAUACAAAACAAAAAAAUGCCUUUUCUCAGGGCCAGUGAGUUGCAAAUAAUUUUUAAAGAAAAGCCUAUAAUUACAUCAUCUCAAUAAAUUUUUU